CUGCAGCAAACAGCAAGGUGGAUGAUGUCGUGGAGCUCUGUCGUUUGCUGUCUGCUGCUCCUCUAUGGGUCGAUGCGUAGCUGCAGGGGAGCAGCUACGGUGCACGUGAUCCCGCACAGCCACUGCGACGCAGGCUACCGCAAGACGUUCCAGGGAUACUUCGCGGACGACGUCAAAUCCAUCCUCGACUCAGUCCUGGAAGCCCUGCAGGGAGACCAGGGGAAGCGUUUCGUAUGGGAGGAGGUAUCCUACCUCUCUCUAUGGUGGCAGCAGGCUAGUCAGGAGCAGAAGGACGCUAUCAGGAAGCUGCAUGCUGCGGGACAGCUGGAGUUCAUAGGCGGAGGCUGGGUGAUGCACGACGAAGCGGUAACGACCCUGAGAGGCGUCCUCAAUCAAAUGACGCAGGGACUAAUUUUCUUGAACACAACUCUGGGUGUCCGUCCGAGAGUUGGAUGGCAUAUUGACCCAUUUGGGCAUUCGUCCUUUACGCCUCAGCUCUUUUCUCUGCUAAACUAUGAUAUGUUUGUGUUGAACCGAAUUCCAGAUAAUGUAAAGCAGGAGAUGAAGCGAAAUCGAGAGCUAGAGUUCCACUGGCACAAUCCUCUUUUCAAUCAGACAAUAUUUGCUCAUGUCCUCGACUCCCAUUACUCCACUCCUGUCAUUAUUGGCUUCACAACUGAGGAAAAGGCGAGAUAUUUUUUCGACACGUGCCAGAAGCGUCUGCAGUGGUACAAAACAGAUAACCUCCUUCUUCCGUUUGGUAAUGACUUUCACUUCCAAGAUGCUCCUUCCGAUUUCAAGGAGAUGGACGAGAUACUAAAAUACAUAGCUGAUCACCCAAAUAACUUCCCCAAUAUCACUGUCCGAUACUCUACACUGAGCGAGUAUUUUGAUGCAGUCUCAAAAAGUGGUGUUGCGUUCACCCAGCGGGAAGACGAUUUUUUCCCCUAUAUUGCUUGCUCUCCGUGCUUCAGUGAAGCUUGCGAAGGAGUCGAUGGCUUCUUAACUGUCCCGUGUGGCAUUUCCGAUUCUUUCUGGUCCGGUUUCUAUACCAGUAAACCGGCACAGAAAUUGCUGGUGAGGGAGUUAGAAGCAUCUCUACAUGCUCUCGAGCAGCUCAAUGCAAUGUACCCCAACCUUGCAAAUAGUCUAGAGGAUAGUCUGAGUCUUGCAAGGAAUACAUCGGGUCUUCUGCAACACCAUGAUGCCAUCACUGGCACCAGCUACCCCGACUGUUAUACAGACUACAAUGAGAGGCUGGGGAGAGCAAUAAGAGUUACUUUUUCUUCCAUUGCUACCCUCAAGAGCUCAGUGUUGUGUGGUGAAAAUGCCAGCAGAGCUCCAGCAUUGCAGUCAGACGGUGAGACUGUUCUGAGGGGGCUCACCAACACCAACAGAGUUGUGGUGGUAGUUCAGAACAGCCUGGAGACAACCAGGAACACAUAUAUUAGGAUCUCUCUCCCUGAUAGUAUCUGUGUCAAGGCUAUGAAUAGGAGUGAAGAGCUACCCUCUCAACAAGUUGAUGAUGUGGUGUAUGUUGCAGUACAUCUACAGCCCAUGGCUCUGCAGGCAAUAUGGCUGGAGAAGAUGAAAUGUCGCAACAAACUGUCUUACCAAACACGCGUGGGAGAGAGUGUUGAGAUCAGUAACAGAGACCUGAGACUGGAGUUCAACGACACGGGUCAUCUGUCCACCUGGACAGACUUGAGGACUGGAGUCAGCCACCACCUCAGUCACCUGUACCUCCAGGAGGCUGAGAAGGAGGGUCUCGACGAGGAGAACGUCUGUGAUGGCACCAACGUCUACACCUUUGUCCCUGACAGUGGGAGGACUGUCCUUACUCCCAAGAUAAUUCCUAUCAGAGUGACUGCAAGUGGUCCACUGGUGUGGGAAGUUCAGCAACAGAUAAACACAUACAUCAAUACAACAUGGAGGCUCUUUGCUCCGUUCUCAAACUCCACUGGCAGUUCUCCUGACAUCUUUAGCAUGUUUGCUGAGUGGCAGAGCAAGGUUGGCCCACUACCAUCUGAGCCACACAACUCGGUACUCUCACAACUCCAGACGGAAACUGACGUUACUUCUUUCACUACCUAUGCCAGUGGCUACUACCCAGUGGUAUAAUUGGCGAGCGGGAGCGAGCCAACCGUUCGAGCGGAUUUUUCUAUAUAAUUAUGACGGCGUACGUCGUGUAAGUGCGCAUGCGCGGCUUUCUACGCGCUUCUUUUUAUCCGAAAUUAUUUCCUAAUUUUUACACAUUUUCACAGACGGUGCCUCAAGAUAUGGGCCGAUCGAUCUAGCCAGCGAGAGAACUCUCCUCAUGCCGUUCUGCUCACCUGCUCACCGUUCUGUCGAUGUACAAUACGCAUGCAACGGCGACAGGUAGAUCUGUCUUGCUUCACGAAAGGAAAAAGCUGUGUGCUGCUCAUGGCACGUUAUGCAGCCCGAACAUCGCGGGCAAAUCCCAGUUGGGUCGCUCCUGCUCGCCAACAAUGUUUAACAUUUCCACUAGUAAUACAUAGAGUAUAUUGCUACAUUGAAUAAGGGACACCUUGGGGACACCAAAAGUGUGUCUUUUUUCACUAUUCAGACUAGCAAGGUAGUCAUUAUGAUGGGCACCUCACAUACAUAAUGUUUAUGUCAUUCUAAAUACACGACAGUGAUCAUCAUGCUACACUAGCCCCCCUCUCUCUCUCCAUAUAAAAGCAUGAGCUGUUUAGUUAACAUGUUUUCAUAGAGGAGGUACUACAAGCCGGAGAGUCCACUCCAGGCCAACACCUAUCCUCUAGUAGGAAGAGCAGUGUUCCCUCAGACUCUCAGUGGUGACCUGGCUCUCCUCACACUCAGACCUGUGGCUAUCAGCUCUGACGGUCAUGCCUUGGACCUCAUGCUACACAGACGUAUCAAUCUGUGGGUUGAUAAGAGGGGUGACGAUCGCUCCAUCAUGGAUGACCCAAUCCUCAUUGGCUUCAUUCCCAGAAGCAGUUCUGGAGUGUUUACAGCUCAUGCCAUGAGAGAGCACCGCAACCCACCCACUCUCCACUUCUCCCUCCUCAACUCUACCAGUGACUGGACCAGCCUCUGUCUCUCCCAGUGGAUUCCCAUGUCUCCUCUGCCACUGUCGGUGCAGAGUCACAGCAUGAGAUUUCUAACACAGGUUUCAAGCUCUGAGAUUGAACUUGGUAUGAGGCUGAUUAAUGUGGAUGAAACCCAAUCUCAAGAGGUUGAUGUUGGAGCCAUGUUCCGUGAGUGGAGUGUUCAGGAGUGGAGAGAAACAACUCCCGAUUUCCUUCAGUCCACUUCCCAGGCUUGGCACCCUCACAGUAACACAGUUCAUAUCGCUUCACUGGAAAUAAAGUCCUUACUACUCCAUCUAAAGAAACGCUAGUAGAGAAUGAAAGUUAAAAGCUAUAUACAGCAUCUAAAGAAAGGCUAGUAUAUAGAGAAUGAACGUUAAAAGCUAAAAAGACCAAAGUAAACCUUGACUUGUUUAUGUGGGAUAGUAAAAGUUGCUAUAUACUCAUUUUUAAAAAACAGUAACCUUUUAAGGUGUGUCUGUGUAUACGUAAAUAUUAAUAAAACUUUCAACAUCCUUUUUAAAACGUAACAGUAAACACACGCAUUGGCCUUUAAACAUCAAUCAAUAUUGAAACGUACAUAAGAAGCUCCACGAGAAAGCUUCACGGCUAAGUUCUUCCCGCUGUAUAUACGUAGUUCUUCCUGCUGUAGUCCCUGCCAGUCCGAAGACAAUGGCUGAUAGACAGGUAGUUUGGGCAAAGAAGCAGAAUCAACCUCCACCUGGCAAAAGACAAGGCGGCAAUCGAAAGGUGCGUCAGGCACAGGCUUCAGACCCGCCACAGCCUAAACCAAAACCUAAGCCCAAGAGGAAUGCGGCGCCCGUUGUUCAGUCGAAUCUUGCAGAGGAGAGAUCAGAGUCCGAGUAUGCCGAGUUGAAGGCAGUGAGACGAGAGUCUGUGAACCACUAUGCCCCACUGUGUGUGGCAACAAGGAACAAUCCACAGGGAGCAGGUAGUUCUAACAGUAAGAGCACUCUUCCGAGUGUUGCAGAGGAAGGAGGAGUUCCGGCAGCUAAGGACUCCACCACUGAUCUUGAAAUCCACUACUCUAACGUACACGCCAGGGGGAAAGCUCGUCAUGCUUCCAAUAGCUACGAGAAUUGCAAGUUAUCCGAUGAAAAGGAGGACCUCAACAAGCUGAAAAACUUUUGCUUGUUCCACUGGAAGACCAUAGUGACUGUGGGAGUCACUGUGUCUGUGGUGUUGGUGGCCCUAGUGGUGGUGUUGGGGAUUGCCACAGCAGGACUCUCUGGGAGCUCACGAAACGGAGAGAGGUACCAGAAGCUGCAGGAGACUACAGUGGAUAUGGCUGGCCAGAUCGAGAGGCUAGAUAGACAGCUCAAUGCCUCAAAUGCUGCUCUUCUACAACUGAAGUCAGAAUCAGAUGCACUGAACCGCAAAAUUGCUACAACCGACUCACAGUUAGAUGUACAGCGUGGUUAUUUCAACACUAGAAUUCACGAAAACGAGGAGAAAAUCGCUUCACUAAGACGCCAACAAGACACUUCAGUUGUUUCAAACGUUUCUAAACUUGAAGGAGAGAUACAAGCACUCAACUACUCACUGCUGAGUAGGAUAGAGACAGGGGAACGUAAUGUCACUGAACUCGGAAGAAAUGUUACAAUGCUAACGUCUUCCGUAAACACACUAGUGGAAGUGACUGUAAGUGAACUGUUAGCAAGUAUAGCAGAUAUAAACGGGAGCGUCGCAAAGCUCACAGGAUUACCCGUCAGUUGUGCCUCGUCUGUGUAUGAAACUGUGGCGGAAAACUCGCCAGAAGCAACUUCCCCACAGACAACUAUUAACCAGGUGAACACUACGGUGGAGUGCAGAGGUGCAGUAUUCUCAGAUAGUAUCUGGUGGCAUACUGACACCAUACUUGCCAGGGUGCAAGGCAACAGUAAUGUGAUGAUGGAGUGCACCUGUUCCAUGGGAUCAACUACUGCGGGUUCUGCCAUUGAGAACACCACACUUGUCUGCACCAUGAUAGUUACUACAUGCACGUAACUGUUUGAUAGAGCUUGCAAAGUUGUGUGUUUUUUCCAAUACAGCAACUGUUUGUGUUUUGCACAUACAUCAUACACCGUAUUAUACAUGACACUCACGGAAAAAUGAGCACUAUAAUUAUGCUAUGAUG